CAUGGAGCUACGCUCCGAGCUGCCCAGCGUGCCCGGAGCGGCGACGGCAGCGGCGACAGCGACUGGGCCGCCCGUGGCGUCGGUGGCGUCGGUGGCGGCGGCAGCGGCCGCCGCCGCGUCGCUCCCGGUGAGCGUGGCCGGAGGCUUGCUGCGGGCGCCGCCGCUGCUGUUGCGGGCGGCGGAGAAGUACCCGCGGACCCCCAAGUGCGCGCGCUGCCGCAAUCACGGCGUGGUGUCGGCGCUCAAGGGCCACAAACGCUACUGUCGUUGGAAGGACUGCCUGUGCGCCAAGUGCACGCUCAUCGCCGAGCGCCAGCGCGUCAUGGCCGCCCAGGUGGCGUUGCGCCGGCAGCAGGCGCAGGAGGAGAACGAGGCGCGCGAGCUGCAACUUCUCUACGGCACUGCCGAGGGCCUAGCGCUGGCCGCUGCCAACGGCAUCAUCCCACCACGACCCGCUUACGAGGUCUUUGGCUCGGUAUGCGCCGCCGAAGGCGGGGGGCCCGGAGCUGGAGCUCCGGCGGGGACCGGAGGUGGCGCAGGGGGCGCAGAGGCCAAGUUACAGAAGUUUGACCUGUUUCCCAAGACGCUUCUCCAGGCAGGCCGCGCAGGCAGCCCGCAGCCGCCACCCGUGAAGCCCUUAUCGCCCGACGGUGCAGACUCGGGUCCGGGGACGUCAUCCCCAGAGGUGCGGCCCGGCUCAGGCUCAGAGAACGGGGACGGCGAGUCCUUUUCGGGGUCACCGCUAGCCCGGGCCUCCAAGGAGGCAGGUGGCAGCUGUCCGGGUAGCGCGGGCCCUGGAGGCGGCGGCGAGGAGGACAGCCCAGGCUCCGCCAGCCCCUUGGGCUCCGAAUCCGGUUCGGAGGCUGACAAAGAAGAGGCCGAGGUCCCGCCGGCUCCAGGGCUGGGCGGAGGCCCCGGUCCACGGCAGCGGACGCCCCUGGACAUCUUGACACGGGUCUUCCCUGCCCACCGGCGAGGCGUCCUGGAGCUGGUGUUGCAGGGCUGCGGCGGCGACGUGGUACAGGCUAUCGAGCAGGUGCUGAACCACCACCGCGGAGGCCUGGCGGCUGGCCUGGGCCCCGCUGCGCCCCCGGAUAAGGCCGCAGUCGGUGCGGCCGCAGCCGGGGACGACGCGUGGCCAGGUCGCGUCGACGCCGCGGCCGCAGGGGCCCCCGGGCUGCCCUCGCCGCUGCAGGCGGGGCCUGCCGCUCCCCCGCACCAUAGACCCUUGCUGGCCGGCGCUAUGGCGCCUGGGGCGCUCGGCUCGCUGAGCAGCCGCUCGGCCUUCUCGCCACUGCAGCCCAACGCCAGUCACUUCGGCGCGGACGCGGGCGCCUACCCCCUGGGCGCGCCGCUCGGCCUCAGCCCGCUGCGCCUAGCCUACUCCGCAGCGGCGGCGCACAGCCGCGGCCUGGCCUUCAUGGCGCCCUACUCCACCGCGGGCCUGGUGCCCACGCUCGGCUUCCGCCCGCCCAUGGACUACGCCUUCAGCGAUCUCAUGCGCGACCGCUCUGCCGCCGCCGCCGCCGCGGUGCACAAGGAGCCCACCUACGGGGGCGGCCUGUACGGGCCUAUGGUCAACGGCGCCCCGGAGAAGCAGUAGCGCCAGGGGCCCAGCAGCAGGCGGGGACCCCCUAGCAUUAACCCCAGCCUCGUCCCC